GUGCUACAACUUUUCAAUCCCCACCACUGCGUUAGCUAUCCAUACGAGCUAGACAAGCAGAGGAGUCUUCCCAUACGCGCUGGAAUCGCUUUCCACACUUUGACAACGGGCGCCAAGUCGAUAGGCCGAGAGAGUCGGUUUCCUAUACAUUUGACAUCUGGUAAUUUUGGAUAUGGCACGAAGGACUGUGCGCUUUUCUACCGAGUUGACAGCCAUCUCACCCCCGACGGCCCCAGAUCUUCCUACUAAAGGUGAUGAGAUCAUACCGAAGAUAGAAGACGUCCACGACAUUCUCAAAUUCAAGUCGCAUCCCCAUCUGACUUUUGACGUCUCGAAGGACCCUGCUACCGUUCGAUUGUUAUCCGAGGCACUAGCAGACGGCAUGCGUGGGGAGGCGGCAACGACACCAGCAGUGCCUUAUGUCAAGCUGGUGUCGAAAUUUCUGCCUUGGGAGAUUGAGAUCCAUUCCUCUUCCUCGCCAGACGGCCAGCAUUCGUUUGUCUCCGUAGCAGACGUCCUUGGAGGACUGUACUGUGCUUUACGGAUUCAAGUGACCAACGGCGAGUUCAGCGAAUGCGACAAACAGGAGGACGUCACUGCGGCAUUUAAAGAACGGUGUCGACUGGUAGGCGUCGAACAGGGCGACGAGGCAGCUGAGUCGCAGCGUCGUAAAGGAAUCAGAAGAGUAGAUUUCUUGCGGGGAAAUCUCAAGUUUUGUGGCUUGACUGCCGUCGCGCAGAGUCCCAGGCAGUUAAAGUUCAGUGUUAUGAAGUAAAGCUGGUCGUAGAAGAAAACUAGACUUUUGUGGUUUUUUCCUCCAUUCUACUUAAUGGCUUGCACUCGAGUUGACUCGACCCUAUAAUAGCUUGGUGGCGAUCAGGCCCAAUAAUCCUCCUACUGUAAUGUAAAACGCUGCUGUAGUAUAAAUAGUCAGGGACCGGUUCCGAUGUAUUGCUUUGCGAUGAUGAUUCUCAUACCAAAAACAACA